AGAACAGUUUAAUAAAAAUUCUUAACGCCAAAUUAAAAAUAGAGUAUUAAAAUAAAAGAAAAAAAGAAUAUUUAUAUGUUAACAUUGUUUAAAACUUAUUUGAAAAUUAAUAAAACAAUGACACCCAAAAAUAUUUUGAAACUAACAAGUGAUGAAAAACGAAAAUUUUUGGAUUCCUUUGACCAUGUGUUCUCCGAUAUUGAUGGUGUUGUUUGGAAUAUGUCACAUAACAUUGAAGGCUCGGCCGAUGGAUAUAAAGAGCUUCGACAGGCAGGUAAACACUUAACAUUCAUUACAAACAACAGUGUCAGAGCAGAAGAGCUUUGCAUACAAAAAUUACGUAAAAAUAAUAUUGAAAUUGAAGCUGACAACGUCAUGCAUCCUGCCAAAAGUAUAGUUGAAUACUUGAAUAGCAUUAAGUUCGAGGGUCUAAUUUAUGUUUUAGCAUCAGAAGAAUUUAAAAAUGUGUUAAGACGAGCUGGCUACAAAAUAUUGGAUGGGCCCAAUGUAAUUGUUAAGGAAUCCUUUACCGAAGCCAUGGCUCAUGUUGUGGAUCGUCAGCCUGUCAAAGCUGUUGUUAUAGAUUUCGAUUUUAAUUUGUCUUUUCUCAAAAUCAUGAAGGCCAAUUUCUACUUACGCCAACCCGAUUGUCUGCUUAUAGGAGGAGCCACUGAUUUUCUAUUGCCAGUUAGUAAAGAUUUAUCGGUUAUGGGCCCGGGACCAUUUGUCAAGAUGUUGGAGCAAAUUAGUCGCAAGAAAAUGUUGACAUUUGGUAAACCCGGCAAAGCAUUAGCUGAAGUGUUGAUGCAACGUUGCCAUAUACCAACGCCAGAUCGUGUGCUUAUGAUUGGUGAUAUGUUGGAACAAGAUGUACGUUUUGCCACCUCCUGUGGUUUUCAGUCCAUGUUAGUGCUCAGCGGUGGCUGUUCCUAUGAAGAGUUAAUGACUGAAACAGAUACAAAUCUCAUACCUAACUAUUAUGCCCAAAGUGUGGCAGAUUUUGUGGAAUUUAUGAAGGAUCUGAAUAAAUGUAAUGUUUAAGUUAUGAUUGUAUUUUGUAGUAUUUAAUGCUUUUUAUAAGUAAUAGUAAAUUAUUUCGUUUUUUUUGUAAAUAAAUUUUAACUAAAUUAAAUCAUUUAAA